AGGGCUCAGGAGCAGCGGCUGAAGCCUGUCCCGGAUGAGCCACAGGUCUGGGAAGGGCUAUCAGGGUGGUUCGGUGGCCGAGGAGCAGCGCUGGGCGCCGGGACAAGUCCCAGCCUGCUGCCUACUGCCUCAGUCCAGGGGUCAGCUUGACCGCAAUAAGGGAGGAGAGGAACAGCUCCCGGAGACGGCAACAGAAACAACCUCCUGUCCUUGGAGCCUGCUGACUGCUGCAGAACAUCCCCCUCCUUCCGAGGGCCCUUGAGAGGCAGCCAGGCUCAGAGAAUCCUUCUCCCUCUGGCUUGGCUCAGCAGCAGGUCACCUCCUCGAGUCCAGUCUGCUGUGUGCCUUUCUGUGGUGCUCAGGAGGAAGGAGCAUGGAAGCCCUGGAGGAGAAAGUGGAAGAGGAGCAGAGAGAAGAAGAGCUGAAGGCUUUGGAGGUCAGUGAUACCUUCCAGGAUGUGGAGGCAGAGGCUUCUGGGGAACAAGCCAGCAGCAAAAGUGAUGGACAAAAUCAUUUUGACUGCAGAUCCAUCGACACAUCCCAGCUGCCAGCUUCAUACCAGACCAAUACCCUGCAGGAAGAGAAGCUGCUGGCCCUGGCUGCCCACUUCCAGCAGCAGUACAAGCACCUCUGCCCUGCCCGCCAGCCACUCUUCCUCCACCCAGCCAACGAGUGUGGGGUGCAGAAGUUUGUGAGCACAACACUGAGGCCAACCCUGCUGCCUUACUCAGAGCUCUACAACUGGGAUGGCUGUGCCAGCUUCAUCUCUGACUUCCUCACCAUGGAGCCCCUCAAGUGCCCUCUCACACUGCCCACUUCUCUCUAUUCCCCAACCACCAUCCUGAGCUGCCAGAGAGGGAACUGCUUUGACUUCAGUGUGCUGCUGUGCUCCCUGCUGCUUGGAGCUGGCUACAAUGCCUACUGCGUGCAUGGCUACGCCACCAGGGAGAUGUGCAACCUGGACCAGAGCCUGGAGCUGUGCCCACUGCUCAGCAAGCCACAGCAGAGGCAGGUGCCAAAAGAGGGGGUGGAGAAGUCCACCAAGUACAGAGUUAAACCCCUGCUGCUCCACAUGGCUGAGCUUCAGCAGGAGGACAUGGAGAAGGCAGAACUUGAAGCUGCUGAAAAGAGCAAGGGAAGAGAAAAGGAGGAGGAGGUGGAGGAGCCCAGGGCUGACCCUUGGCACGGCCUGAGGGUGCAUGCCUGGGUUCUGGUGCUGGCUGGGAAGAGGGAGGUCACUGAGAGCUUCUUCAUUAACCCCUUCACUGGGAGCAGCCACAGCACCAGGGAUGAGCACUUCCUGGGCAUUGAGAGCAUCUGGAACCACAAGAACUUCUGGGUCAACAUGCAGGACUGCAGGGGUGGCUGCAAGGAUCUGCUCUUUCACCUGGGGGAUGGGAGCAGCUGGGAAGCAAUGCUCUCAGGGAGCACCAGGCCUCCUCAGGCUUCCAAGGAGGAAAAGGAGCUCUUGGAGAGAGAUGAGGAUGAUCUGCAGGGAAAGGAGCAGGCAGCCACGAGUUUGGACAUGCCACCAUCCUGGGUAGCUCAGCUACAGCUAUCUCCCACAGAGCUGCAGACUCGCUACCCCCAGGGCAGGAAGGUGACCCUCUACAAGAAAGCCAAGCUGGAGAAGUGGGCUCCAUACCAGCACGAGAAGGGACUGGUGCAACGACUCUCCUGCUACACAGACCUGCCCUGUACCGAAGUAGUGGAGGUGAGGGAGUGGUUCAAGCACCGAGAGGAUAUGCUGGAGAGGAGGGAGGUCAAUAAACAAACCCAGCUGAGCACAGACUACUUCAGCCCAGGACACCUCUUCCAUCUUAAAGCUCACUCCUACACCUCCCUGGAGCCAGAGGCUGAGCGCAGGAUGGAGUUUUACCACGAGGCAAGAGCUGAUGACCUCCAGAGAUGCCAUGCAAGUGCCAGCAGGCUGACAGAGCACUUUGUGGGUCGAGCUGAUCUCCUGCACCUCCUUCACGUGGAGUUUGCUGAAGGAGAGAAGAAACCAACCUUGGAUGGCAGCAAAACUGGCAGAAGCUUCCGACCUGUAGUGCUCAUCAAGGAGUCCUUCCAGAGAAACCCAGCAAAGCCUGCUGAAGAAGAUGUGGCAGAGGUUGUCUUUAGGAUCCCAGAGAGGAAGAUCCACUUGACCUAUCACUUGGAUGAGAACUCCAUCACUGCUUCCAAGAGGGAAUUCUUCCAAGUGGCAGAGAGGGACAUGGAAGGGCAGAAAAUCUUCAGGACCCAUGAAAUGUGCAUCACCUACGAGGUUGGGUCCUCUGAGAAAGGGAAGAGUCGGUACCAGCUGUACAAACUGUUCCAGAGGCUGUCGAAGGAGGAGCAGAAGCUGAAGGAGGAAAUCCAGCAGUUCGAAGCAGAGGUGUUGGACAUCCUGAAGAUGUGUGAGGAGAAAGAAGCUGCUGUGAAGUUGUUCCUUCCCAUUUCAGAUACAGAAAGGGAUGAAAAGAGAAGGCAGCAACAUGAAGCCAUGAAGAGCACAGUGGAGGAGAAGCUGCCAGGACCUGAGGAGCAGCCCCUGGAUUUCCUGGCACCUUUCCUUCGUCCCGUUGGCCACGGAGAGCCCCUGAGCAGGAGGCAGGCUCUGCGUGUCAGAGAGAGCUGCUUGGCUGACCUGAGGCAGCAGCUCAGGCACAGGCUCAGCAUCAUCCAGGAUCGCUUGGAAAAGGUAUUCCCAGCCCUGCUGCCAGGCUCUGUGUGUGCUCCACUGGCAGGAGGGCACUGCACAGCUCCAGCUGGCCCACAAAUCAAAGACCAGAACAGCUCCAAGGUGACAGAGCUCAACCCUUUGGCCACAGCAGACCCAAGCAGCAGUGCAGGCUGGGGCCAGAGGGGCUGA